AUGGAGGAUGAGAAGAAAGGCAAGGAGAUACAGGAGUUUUUGAGUCUGGGUCCUAAACAAUACGCUCUCAAAUCAAAAGAUCUCAAUACCGGGAACGUCGACUUUGACCUUAAACUACGAGGCAUAACACUCAAUUUAAUUACUUGCAAGGAGAUUAACUACGAAAGUUUCAAGAACCUUGUCAACGAUGUGAUUUCUACUGGCACAAGAAGUCAACUAGAUUCGCGUUUUGACGAAAUCCGUGCAAAGAGGAACAGAGGCUUGUUCAGCACAGCGCACCGUACUAAAAAGUAUGCUGGAGUUUUUGAUAAAGGUUUUAUUAGUGAUGAUGGACGUUUUGUUUUGCCUUAUGGCUUUGAAAAGUAA